AUGCCUUUAAAUGGAAUUUCUUCAGUUCCAAUUGUUGAUCUCUCACCCUUCACAUCUGGAGGUGAUCUCGAAUCUCGCAAACGAGCAGCGAAAGACCUAGCGGAGAAAGGACACAUAAAUGGAAGCGUAGGCAUAUCAGGCCAUGGAAUCUCGUCGGAUUCACUCACAGAGGCUUUUGCCUUAGUCAAAAAGCUUUUUGAUCUUCCGUACGAAGAUAAAAUGAAAGCGCCCCAUCCCGAUGCUCUUGUUCCACAUAGAGGAUAUUCCGGCAUGGGUAGAGAAAAGGGUGCAGCCAAGACUGCAACCGAAACGGAUGAUGAAGUGGAAAAAGAUGAAUAUCUAAAUGCUUCAGACUAUAAGGAGAGCUACGAAAUUGGCAGCGAGGAGAAUAAAGUUCAGUACAAUAUUUGGCUCCCUGAAGAAGUUCUCCCCGGGUUCCGCAAUGAUACAACCGAGUUGUUCUGGGAGCUAAACAACACAGCUAACGCCAUUCUCGAUGCCCUGAUAAUGAGUUUGGACCUAACAGAGCCGGAAGCCAAGAACGCAAGCGGUGGUUUAGAAUUUGGCGAUCGCAAAACUGGUGAAUUCAUGCCCGCUACACCGAACGAAGGAAUCGUAUAUAUGAAUAUCGGCGACAUGUUCCAGCGAAUUUCCAACGGUUUCUAUCCAUCCGCCCUCCACCGCGUCGUAAUAUCAGGGCAGGCCAGCGGAGAGCCAACGCCAGCUAGAUAUUCCAUACCAUAUUUCGUAGUGCCGCUUCCAGAUGGAGUGAUUGAGCCUCAACCCUCUCUUGUUGUUGCUCAUGGGAAACAGGUUUAUGAACCUGUGACUUUUAACUCUUACUCUGAGCAAAUGUUCAAGAUUACCCAGAUUCACGAUGUAAAGGAAUAG